CACUGAACGAAAGUAAAGUGGAACCAAGUCAACAGCCAAAUAUUGAUUAUUAUUUUUUGUUUAUAUUAAGUCCACCUUCCACCUAUAUUUUUCAAACCAUACAAAUUUUAUGUAAACCAUAUUCUCUCUUAAAUUAUAACAACAAAAUAAUGAAAGAUGAAGUGAGUAGUUCAUUGCCGGAGCAAAGUUCAUUUCAGGCAAAGAACUACCAUGAGCCUCCGCCAGCGCCAUUCAUCGGCGCGGCGGAGUUGAAGAAAUGGUCCUUGUAUAGGGCCUUGGUUGCUGAGUUUGUAGCAACUCUUUUGUUACUUUACAUUGGAGUGUUGACAAAAAUUGGAUAUAAGAGUGAAAGAGCAAAGAAUAUUGAUGAUCCAUGUAGUGGAGUUGGGCUUCUUGGUAUUGCUUGGGCCUUUGGUGGCAUGGUUUUCAUUCUUGUAUUUUGCACUGCUGGCAUUUCUGGUGGUCAUAUUAAUCCAGCAGUGACUUUUGGACUAUUCCUUUCUAGGAAAAUAUCUCUAAUAAGAGGGCUAUUGUACAUUAUAGUUCAAUAUUUGGGAGCCAUUUGUGGUGUUGCUCUAGUGAAGGCCAUUAAUAAAUCUAACUACGAAUUCUACGGUGGUGGCGUUAACAUGGUCUCACCUGGCUAUAGUAAGGGUGUCGCGUUGUUUGCAGAGAUGAUCGGAACUUUUGUUCUUGUUUACACGAUUUUAUCGACCACUGACUCUAAGAGGAAUGCUAGAGACUCACAUGUUCCUGUGUUAGCACCUCUACCAAUUGGAUUUGUAGUGUUUCUGGUUCACUUGGCCACAAUCCCAAUCACUGGCACAGGGAUCAACCCUGCUAGAAGUCUUGGAGCUGCUGUGAUCUACAAUCAUAACAAAGCAUGGAAAGACCUUGGGAUCUUUUCUGGAGGACCUUUCACAGGAGCAAUUAUUGCAGCAAUCUACCAAUUAAUAAUGAGGGGAUGCAAGUGGAGAUGAAAGCUUUUGGUUCUAAUGCCAAAAAAAUGGGAUAAUGUGUUUGUGAUUUAUGAAGUUUAGUUUGUGGAAACAAUGUUGAUUUAUGUGGUUUUGAUUGCAUUAUUCAGCUCAAAUUUGAA